AGGCGCAGGCUGGCGGGCAGUCCGUUACCGCGGAGAUCGGCGACAGGGUCGGCGGGCCAGCGGUGAGCGCCCCCGCGGAGUCCGAGGCUCCCGCCCCCGCGACGCGCAACACCACGGCCGCGGAGGCGGCGGGCCGAGGUCAGACCGCUACGGCGAACACCACCCUCUCGCGGAGCUCGGGCGCGCAGGGCAACAGGUCUUCGGCAAGCUCAACGACAGCAGCAUCUGCAACCAAUUGGACAAGCUCCACCACACUGGCUCCUCUGCCACCGACGACAUCGCGGAAUGCGGCCCAAGGGCCGGCAGAGAGCGCAUCACAGUCUGUUGCGGACCAGUGGUCCAAUUUGGCAAUGCGGGCUCGUUGAUUGGAGGUUGUAGAUGCGCACGUGGUUUUUUUCUGAACAGUCUGUCCAUCGCCCAUCGUGCAGAAUCAGAGUCGACCCCAGCCC